AUGGCCAUGGAGCGAGCUGCAGUACCAGUCGAAGACACCAAAACGUCUUUAGUGAUUCCCGAGGAAAACAACAUCCAGCCUGACUGUUUUGUGAUUGUGGACCUUGAAACGUCAGGAUUUAGAGCUUAUGCAGAAAUUGUUCAGAUUGCAGCAAAGUGUGGCUCGGAAGAAUUUUCAGCGUACAUGACUCCAAAAUACAUGAUUGAUCCACAAGCGUCUGAAGUGCAUGGUCUACAACUUGACUGUAAAGGAAGACUAGUGAACAUGCGGACUGGAGAUAUUGUUCCAACAAGAUCAUCUAAUGAAGUGGCGUUAGAAUUUUUGAACUUUCUCAGAAAGUGUGGUAAAAAAGUUGUUCUAGUUGGACACAACAUUGUGAGAUUUGAUGGACCGCGCAUCGUUCGAUUCAUGGAAAAUCAUUGCCUUGUGACAGAGUUCUGCUCCUUGAUUCAUGGUAUGGUUGACUCUCUCCCAUUGCUGCGCCAAGGAAAAGUUGGAAGGCUCUCUCUCCUCGCGAGCACCUAUCUGACUGGCGUAGAGUGGCAAGUUCAUUUAGAAAACGCUCACGAUGCUCUGCAUGACUGUAUACUUGUGGCUGGUCUGCUCGAUCACUUCAACGUCACUCCAGAAAUAAUGCUCAGAUGCGUAUAUUCCAUUCGUGACUUCAUGGAGAGACAACUGUACAAUGCCAGGAAGAACACGUACUCAUUUGAAUUGAUGCCUCUUACGCAGGUAGGCGUGUCGAAAAAUAUGAUCGGGCAGAUCGCUGGAGCCGGUGUCACUAUGGAAGAGCUAAGGGAACUAUAUAUCAGAAGUGGAAAGGAAGGUAUCGCAGAGUGUCUCAGUGUUCAGGUUAGUGGUGCCCCUAGAGUGACAGCCCAUAAGGCUAGUAUCAACAAAAUUACGAGUUUUUUUGAAAGUCCAGUUGUGGAGAAUAUAGAUUUUUAA